CUCAGUAUUACGAUGUUCGCUGCGGCUCUACAUUACCGUACCUGUGAGGACAUGGCAGCCAGCGGCAGAUAACAGCAGCUCCACAGCUCUCCACGACCAGGCCCGAGCUGAAACUACCACCUCUCUGUUUACAAGACAAAGUGCCAACACCUGACUCAUUUUCCACAGAGCUAUCAGUUCCCAGCGGACUCAUCAGGUUUCACUGUUGAGGGUUUUCUAAAGCAAACUGCAUGCUGGGACACCAUAAAUGUUGACCUCCUGACCUCCUUCAGUUAGUCCCUGUGUGGUUCCAGCCAGUUGUUUGACCAAUGCCUCGAUGGAAAGUGUUCUUCACUCAGCACUUGCGAUGGUCCAGCACCAUCACCCAAGCCCUCGUCCUGUCUGUCAUCACGUUUUGCGUCGUCCUCCCGCUGUGCUGCCAUCGGCUGCUUUACUCUUACUUCUUCAUCCGGUCCAUGUACCUGGACUCCAUGAGUGAGGAGGUCCUGCGUGAAAGCCUCGACCGAGGCCAAGACGCUCUGCACUACUGGCAGAGAACUUCCAGUGCAGGUGCAGUGGCGGUGUCUUCUAGGUUCAGUGACAUCGCCCCGCAUCCUGAGCUGCUGGUUAUCGUGGUGACAGCCAGGCGGAACGAGGGGCGGGACUUCCAUUACCUGCUCCAGGUGAUGCAAAGACUGAGUGGCAUUCUGGGAGGCUGUGGGGAGCAGCGGUGUGCAGAGGUGUUGGUCUGUGACGUAGAAAGCGGUCCCCAGGAAAACCAGGACGCCAAACUGCUGGAGACCCACUUCAAGGUAAUUCAGCGUUCCCCCCAGGAGCAGCAGAGGAACAGGGAACGAAUCAACACCUUUGAGAGGGAGAAGAGGGAUUACGUCUUUUGUAUUCGCAAAGGAUGGGAGCUGGUGCAGCCCAAAAACAUGAUUGUCCUGGAAGACGAUGCUUUGCCGAGGCAGGACUUUUUCACAGUCGUAAAGGACCUGCUGUCACGUCGUUUUGCCCUCCAGACUCUUUACAUAAAGCUGUAUCACCCUGAAAGGCUGCAGCGCUACUGGAACCCUGAGCCUUACCGCAUCCUGGAGUGGGUGGGACUUGGACUGGUCGCAGCGACGGCCCUCCUGCUCACCUUUCCUUACUGGAACCCCUUCUCCUUCUCCUUCACGUUCUCGUCCGGCCACCUUCUCUUCUUCACUCUCUACUUCAUGGCUGCUGCAGAGCUGCUGGGCCGGCACUACCUCCUGGAAGUGCGGAGACUUUCCCCGCAGCUCUACACUGUCUCCCCGGCCACGGAGUGCUGCACCCCGGCCAUGCUCUUCCCCGGCAACGCCUCUCUCAGGGCAGCCGAUUACCUGGACGGCUCGUUCUGCAUCAAGGGCAACGCCAAAGACAUGGUUCUGUAUCAGAUGGCGAGGACGAUCCCCGGGGAAAAGUCUCACAGCGUGGAACCCAACCUCAUCACCCACAUCGGGGCCUAUUCCUCGGUCAGGGCUAACCCAUCCAGGCCCAAACUCCUCUGAAAGGGAGGAGCCAGGAGGAGCUGGAGGUUGCUAACUCAAUGCAACAAGGCUGGAUUUAAUCAGGUUCCUCCUCACUUGGUUCUACUUUUUUUUCUGAUAUGUCCCCUUCUGAGCUAUUGAUCACUCAGUGAGUGUUGGUUUGGUGAUUUGCAGGUGAAAACUAUCUUCUUCAUUCAUCCAUCUCAAUCAUGUCUGACAGAACAGAUAAACUUCUAUUAGACUUUACUUAUUCUACAUGCACGUUAGCACAACACAAAGUUUAUUAUUUAUUUUUUACGCACUUACGUAUGGUGAUGGUGUUACCCAGGUGACUUACACUCAAUAUUGUGCCUCCUCGUUAAAAAUGUUCCAAUAUUGGGACGAUACCUUGUCUUUGAUACUGGUUCUUUUAUCAAUAUCAAUUUUAGUAAAAGGUGAAUUAUGGUACUCUUUCAAAGACCUGGGAAAUGACGAAUAUCUGUACAGUAUUGGUCUUUAUAAAAACUAUAAAUAAGUGGUCAGAAUGAGCAUUAAUAACAGUAAUGGCAACAGGCCAUUGUAGCGUCUAGUCUGCAUAAACCAAAGAAGUAAAAGAAGGAAAUGACUUUGUGGCCUUGUGAUGAAAUCAGUUUUUCCAGGAAGUUGUGACAUUGCAAUUAACAACAAUUUAUGCAACUUUCACAAAUCCCUGUGAAUUCUGCGCCACCUUUUGUCUAAUCACUGCAACUUUUCCAUAGCAGUCCCCCACGCAAAACCUUCAGCCAUACGUCACCAAACUUUUGGAGAUUUUAUUCUCACUGGAACAAGUUGCAUUUUAUUUGUAAUGAAUUACACAAGAGAAGGACAUUUUCACUUUGUCCUGCAGUUUCAUGGCAAAAGAUGCAUGAAAACUGUUUUUUAUGUACGCCUUAUCGUAAUUGUUAAUUCAAUUGGUGCCAUAAAAGUGUUGAAGGUCAGUACCCAGCCCCGGUGCAGAUACAGACAGCACAGACAGCAGUGAUCUACCCAGGUAGUGUAGACACUGUGAUACUGUCGUCUCAAUAGUAAAAUCUAGAAAUCACUUCAACUUUAUUGUGGUUGGUAGAAUCUUCUCACCAGCAAAUCACAUAAACCACUCUCAGUGUGCUGUGUGUUCAGUUUGGGACCACAAGUCAUGUCAUCGCUGCUGGAAAACUUCUUUCAUCAUAUGUGCUGACUUCAGCUGAGGAGUUAUUUGCUUCUCUGCUGCCUGACACAAUUUAAAAAUAAUCAGAUGCUGUCCACCGUGAUCCACAUCCACCCGAAGACAACUCUUAGAACAACAGCGUGUUCCAUGUGAUGAUGAAAGUGGUGAGAUUUAUAAAGGAUUUGUUCACUGUCUGUACACCCAGACCUUACCCAGACAGAUAUCAGAGAAGGCUUUAAAUGAGAAAAGGGAGUGCCCUCAGUAGUAGAAGAGAUGAAUUGGAGCUUAACAAUCAUGGAUCAUCAGCCAUGGAUAUCAGAAACUAGCUUUCUGUUGCAGUGAGGUUGCGGUUGAAAAAUAGUGAACACAUCUUUUAUGGGACAAAUUUUGGGUCUUGCCGCCCUGCAGUCCCUGUGUGUAGUCCAGUCUCAGUGGAUCUAACAAGGCCAGGAUUCACAGAGAAAGUCUCUUUAAUGUUUGAGGACAAGACAAUAUCUCGUCUUUCUGAUCGUGGCCUUUUUCUUUAACACCAAUGUUUGUAAUUUCAUUAUAUUAAAAUAGAAUUUUAAAAUAGUGAGCAACCAUCUCUGUGAUACAGAGCGAUAUUAACGCAGCACUGCUGCUUACUGAGGCCCAGAGAGACCAUCAGGAGAAAAAAAUAAAAUAUGUAUAUAUCAAGGCCACGUUUUACUACAAGAAGCGCCCGAAAAUGCUAUUGUGUGCACAGACAAUCAUAGCUUCUACCAACCCUCUGGCCUGAAGGCAUGUUGGGGCAAGUUAAAAACAACAUAAAUAUUAGGGUAAAGGUCAGAGGUUGGAGAUGAUCAACCUAGAAUGUGACAGAACAAACUAUUUGGGGUCAGCUGACAGUGUCUGUUGUGCAGGUCUCUGUAUACAUCAAUAGAUACAUCUAUAACCGUGGUGGUGACGUCAUCCAGAGCCAGCAUGUGCGCAGUAGUGAUCGGGGUUGGCGCCGCAGUAGUAGGAAGUAGGUCAACAAAGGGAACUGGGGUUCCUAGUUCCAUUUUGCAUUUUUCAGAAUUCAACAGGCGUUUACUGUUGGCCGUAGCCAACCAUUAAGUUUCAGUUCUGACCCUCCAAGGAAAAAAGAAAUAGGCAGCCCUGGUGUUUAUAUACUCGUGCACAAAUUAAUCCAAAUGUACACAUUCAAUAGCAUUUUCAGCACUUGAUGUAGUAAGUGGGCAUUUAUAUAUAUAUAUAUUUAUAUUUCCACUCUUGGGCUCCGAGCUGCUGGAGAUUCAACUACUAGAGCAGAACCACACUGGCAUUACCUCAACAUGAAUGCGCUCUACCGAGCAGUGGCACGACCUGGCUGUUUUCCUUCAUACUUGUUUAAAAUCAGAGUCUUGUGGGAAGGUCGUAUAUAUAUAUAUAUAUAUAUAUAUACUGUUUGUAUUUUCAAACAAUAGAUUUCCAUUUUCAGCGUUGAAAAGAGCAAAAGCUGUGAGGUAGAAGGAGUGUUUGGUAAAGAGAGACCAGUUUGUCUGGGGUUACUGCCGUGUAAACAUCCCCAAAGAAAAAUCACGACUGAGCCGCUAAUGUUAGCUUAGCUUAGCAUUAGCAGACACUGAGAGGAUUUGCUAAAAUGUCCGACUGUUUAUUUAAGACCAACCAAGCGUCUCGCUGACCACCCUGUAUCACUGAAUGUGCCUUUAAUGAUUUUGCAUUGAACAUAAUUAUAACAGAAUAUUUACCCAUGAUUCAGCUCGGGUUGAAAUGACUAAAGUUGAUCCGUUGCAAUAUUUGAGUGGAUUUAAUUUGCACAUACUUUAAUAAUUAAGUGAAUAGAGAUACAGGAAGUAGCUGCCAAAGUAAAACCAACAGGCCUUUGUUCUCCGGAUACACUGGAGUUAAAAUUCAGGAACUCAAACUGAGUCCUGUUGUCGGCUCUAACCCGCCAAAUUAGUUUGAUUCACAAAAUCAAAUAGCAACCAUAUGAUUAAUAUUAUGUUUCUUGUUGUUUAAAACAUGGUUGGCAGCUUAAAAUGAAACAGUUGCGUCUUCAGUUAACAGAAUUUUAAUGCUGAUGGGAUGUUAAAAUAUUCUAAUUCCUGCUGUGUUGCAGAGAAAAAUGACUGAUUAACAUUGCACUACGUUUAUUUCAUGUACACAUAUUUUAAAGUAAAAGUUCGACAUGUACAAAAAACAAAGUGUAAAAAUGCCAUGUUGUGGUUUUCCUCUGGGUUAUGUUCCAGUCUGUUUGUUGGCUGGGACCAGUGACUUCCUGGAUUCCUCCCUCGCUGACUGCCAACAGAAAAUAGUCCGGCACAUACCCUGUUGAACGACUGUUUGCCAUCUUUACACGUUGUUUUAUUAAAUGAACCAGAUAUAACGUGUUAUUCUUCGAGCUUUAGGGGUGCUGGGUUUUGCUACCUUUGGACAGGUUGGCUGUUUGCUGGUGGACUUUAGUGGUCCAAGAGGCUUUAUUUUCUCAGAGCACAUUGAGCUGGACUUGUGCAUCCAAUUUCAGUCUGACUAACGGUGUGAGAGGCGUGGCCUUUCCAAAAUGUAAUUUUUGGGCCUUAAUUAUAGCGCCACCAUCUGGCUGUCUGGGCUCAUGUUUUUUAGGAAGCACAUCAUUUCCUGUUUUUAAGUUUAAUGUUUCCAGCUCAUUCCAGCUCACAGGAAUUUGAGCUUUGCAGCAGACAAAUAAUAAUAAUGAAGAACUGACACAAAAACAGAAUAAGGUUUCUGCUCCUUCGGGACUUGUAAUUUGAAUUAUGCUGUUAUUAAUAUAAAACAUCCACUUUAUGUAUACAUUCUGUACAACACUACUUAAAUUGUGUCUGAUUUUAUUACAGGCCUCCAAAUCACAAAUACUGUCUUUGUUUUGAGUGAAUAUUUAUUUUGGACAGAUAUGUAUGAACAGCACUAUGUGAGUCAUUUUAAAACAUAUUAAUUGAGCAGCUCAGAUGAAAUAUAUGAAAACAUGAAACUGAAUUCAGAUGGAUUAUUGUUGAUGAAAACUAUUUUCUACAUGAUUUCUGACUUCAACAUUAAAUUGCACUUUCAGUACAAACAUAUCAAAAAAUAAGGACAGAGUUAAAUUAUUUUAUAUCAUUAAUAAUAUAAAGUAAGAAUCUGAGUGUUUGAUAAAAAGUUCAAAAUAUCUUUUCUAUUUUGAUGGAAAUGUUCAGACACAUGAUCCGAGUCUGUACAAAGAGCUGCAAUUAGAACAUUUUAUUGAACUUGACAAGUUCCUCAGUUUUCCUGCUUGUUUAAGUUGGAGCUCUACAUUCAUUUCUUCAGUAAGUAAAUUAUUUAAAAUUUGUUUUCAGCUUGGUUUUGAUUUGGUUUUGGUUUGAUUUGGGUUUUCUUCCAUGCCUACAAUACAUAUGCUUUUAUUUUGUAUUUUAAUCAGAAAAUAUCGGGACACUGCAGCACAAACAUUUAAGUUUAGUUUGAGUUGUGUGAAGUUUGAAUGUUUUUCUCUUCAUGUUAAGUUUGAUGUUAUUUCUUACAUUAUUUGACAUUUUGGCAAAUAUAUAUAUUAUAUAUAUAAAUGAGCUCUGGACAAUGACUGGUCUUCUUCUGAUUCUGAUGAACAUGUGCUGGUUAAAUCUGACCUUUCAAAAUGAAAGCACUGAAAUACCUUCAUAAGACACAAAUUAAAUCUUUUUUUCUGUUCCAAGAUCACAUUUUUUGGGUUGAAUUUAAAUCGACUGUUUACACUGUUUUCUACCUUUAAAACAAUAAAAUAAAACACGCUGUCAAAAGUCA